UACAACAUAAUCAAACAUGGCGCGCGUACACACGGCACCGAAAUUUUUACAUUUUUCCCUUUGUUUCUCUGUUAUUUUAUGUUUUCUAACCAGUUCAGUAUGUGCAAAUCGUGAGCUAGAUGAAGAUAAUUGGAGGGACAUCCUUGAAGGAGAAUGGAUGGUGGAAUUCUACGCCCCCUGGUGCCCGGCGUGCAAUGCGCUCGCGCCGGCGUGGCGCGAACUAUCGGCACAGGCGACGCGCAAAGAGCUGGGAAUGCGUGCGGCUGCGGUCGACGUCACCAAGUCGCCAGGGUUGAGCGGGAGAUUCGUGGUCACCGCGCUGCCUACGAUCUUCCACGUGAAAGACGGCGAGUUCCGCCAGUACAAAGGCCCGCGCGACGCGGAUUCAAUGCUCGGCUUCGUGCAGCAGCAGCGGUGGAAGCAGACGGAACCCAUCCCCGGCUGGAAGGCGCCUAACUCGCUGCAGAUGACGCUGGUGGCUGAGUUCUUUAAGCUCAGUCAGGCUUUAAGGAGCGUGCACAAUACUUUGAUGGAGACGUACGGGCUGCCCACGUGGGGCUCGUACCUGAUCUUCGCCAUCGCCACCAUCUUCAUCGGCGCGCUGCUCGGACUGGUGUUGGUGUGCGUGAUCGACCUGCUAUAUCCAGUCAGACGCUCCGACAAAGUGCUGGUGACGCGCGCCGAGCUCGACCGCCUGGCUAAGGGCGACCAGGGCAAGAAGCCCGACGACCAGGAACUCCUGAACGACGAUAUAGUGGAUGAUGCCGAUAACGCCAACAGUGACGCUGAGAAGAACUCCCCGAGCGACUCGUCUGGUUCGGAGGCGGCGGCGGCGGGCGCGGCGGCGGGCGACGCGCGGCGCGAGGUGCGGCGGCGGCGCGCGCGCAAGGCCGACUGAGCGCGCCUCACUCCUCACUCUCACUCCUUGUACACGAACAACCAUGUUGACCGCUGUCUAGUGUUGCCAGUAUAGUCUGGUCUGCGAGCACGUAGAAUUUUGUCCAAUGACCCCAAGCUGCCCAUCCUUAUUGCUCGCGCG